CAAACAGACACAAACUUCGACCUGAACUCCAAGCGUGUCAAUUGCCACACACCUUGAAGCAUCCACAUCUUCCACCAUACCACACUACGCAACCGAUUCUGUUUUGCUCCAUUAUAAAGUCCUGACCUGCUUCCUGAGUGGCUGAUGACCGGAUGAAGAGGGAACCCCAGACUUGGUCCCAAAGAUAAGUCCCGUUGUGCAUCAUACUUGCGUCUUACCUGCAUGCAUAUACAUGUGCCCGGAUGCAUGUGUAUGUAUGUGCGUUAUCUGCAGCAGGCUAGCAGCCGUUUCUUUCGUUAGCCUACCUACUUCCUUACCUCCCCGAAAGCUUUCACCCAAUCUGAUCUGAUUCACCCACCUAUUUACUUCCUCCCGUCUUAUUUGAACCGGAUCUUUAUGUACCCCUUCAUCCUCCCAACGUCGUCUCAAUCUCACUCCUACGUUUCUCAAGUCUGAUGAACUGGAUCAUGCUCUUCUCUACGUCCUAUGCCACUUGAUCUCAAUUCUCUUUCAAGAUGCAUCUCAACCGCGUUGAGAGAGCACUGCCAGAUGGCACCUGCGACGCGGGAAAAGUUUUUUACAAUUGUCAGGUCAACAGCUUCAGAGGGUGCUGUUCCGUGGAUCCUUGUGCAUUACCGGCUUGCCCAGAUGCGAGUUCUUCGACGACAGCGGCAAUCUCAAAGACCACGAGUCAACCGACUACGAGACAGACCCUGAUAUCAAUACCGAAUUCACUUCUGACUUCGGCACCUGCGACAACUACAAAUCGACCAACGUCAAUCAUCGUUGAUAUUGCAGUCACGUCUUCUACUCCAACAUAUACGGAAACAGAAGCACAAACACAAACAGCGAGUUCAACUUCGCCUUCAACGCCCAGCUCAUCUCGCUCUGGUGUACCAAACACGCCGAUAAUCGCCGGAACAAUCAGUGGUGUUGUUUUCCUUUCAAUUUUGUCUGUGCUCAUUUGGUUCUGCUUGCGCCGAAGGAAACAAAAACAAGAAACCCGAAAUUCCAUCGCCAAAUAUGGUCUACCAACCAAAGAAUUCGUUCUCGAUCGACCAACACCUUCAGAAAGCUCACGAGUCGGCGGUGAUGUAUUCUUACCAUUUGGAGGUCGCUACGACCAACCCCGCCUCACAUCAGCCACUCAGACCCCUCCACCAAGAAGUACUCAAUCCACCCCCAUUCAAGCCCCCACGUCUUCACGAGAAAUCUACCCCGCCGCAGCAGCUGGCUAUGGAUCUGGAAAUCCGGACCCAACAACCCCAGUUACCGACAGAGCUCUUCCAGAUCCAGAGAAGUCUACUCUUACGCCCCCACCAGUUCACGAACACCCGUUCUUUCACCCUCUCCCGGGUCAAUCGGCUGAAAUACCAACUUACCACCCUGGUACGCCGGUACACACAAAUCUCACACCAAUUGCGCCUCAAAAGUCAACAAUGAGAUCGCACCCAACAUAUCACAUUUCACAAUUAAGUACGCACCCCGCCUUCCGAGCAUCGAAACCACCAUCUCCACCACGAGAGAGUGGGUUCCCACGACGGACAUCAGAGGUCAGACAAUACCGCUCCUUGAGCCCCAUACAAAGCAAUCCACGGCAACAGCCUCCUCAGAAUCACAACCCAACUCAAGUCUACAAACCGACACAUGAGAACCAAAAUCAGAACCAUAAUCAGCAAUCCUGGCAACACAGCGAACUGAGUGCAGCAACAGCCACAUCUCCCAUCAUCGGCCGCUCAGAGCUGGAAGCCGAUGUUCCAUCCACAUACCUCACACCCGCAACCACAUACAAUUCGCCUUCUGACUUCGACUACACAAACAAAUGGACGGAUCGUCGGUCUCAAAUUACGCCUAUCUCGAGGGGGAACACGGAUUCGAGUAAAUACUCCAUUCCAAUAGGCUUGGGAGUUGAUGCGAUGUCACAAUCUUAUCACUCGCAAGGGAAUGGGAAUGAAAUUCAAAGUUCACAUCCAAAUCCCAACUCUCGUCCUCAGCACCACCACGAACUCGAAACUCCCUCUCCUGCUCCAGCUACCAAUCAAACCCGCAUCCCAUCCCUCUCCAUCACUACCUCGACCUCUAACUCAGUACAAAUGCUCGGUCCCCUCGGUCCAAACCUCAAUUCACCCCGCGACGGAGGCCACAUCAUGAGCUGGGCCGAUAGCUACAGCAACUCCCGCUCAUCCAACCCAAACCUCAAUCUCAACCCAUCCUCCACCCACACAACCUCCCGCUCUCAAUCCCACCCACAACUCCGCACCGGAGGCGGAAACGCAGGCUCCACCAGCUUCGAGAAAGAAGUCGCAGUCGUAAGUCCCAUGACGCCCGAGCGCUGGAGUGGCGCCACAGCCAUCGGAAUGCAAUCACCUGUUGAUGGUGGGAGUAAUAAUGGGACGGGUAGAGCUUUUCGUGGGGGAGAGACGCCACUUAGUGCUGAGUCUGGGAGUGCGUGUUGUAGUGCUGGGCUUAGUCCUGAGGCUGGGACGGGCACGUGGGGAAGUUGGAGUGGGCGGUGAGGAGGGAGGAGUGAUGGAUGCGUCAAGCCGCCCUUGAACUUGUACGCUUUUUGCUUUUACACUUGUUGCCUGGGUGGAGUGUCUGGGUGACUUGUUUGCAUUGGAUGCUGUGGCAAGAGAGCAAGCAGGCGGCGAAAAGAAAAGAAAAGAAAAGAAUGUUUAAGUUGUAAUGAUAAGCCGUGUUUAUUGUACAGUACUUACAUUAGCGAGGCGUUCUGGGGUUCUAGCAAUGGAAAGGUAUUUCCAUAACGUUGCAUUGCGGGCAUGGUCUGGCAUUAUUGUUUGACUUCCAAGACGGCGUCGGUUGGCUCUGGUAGUUAAUUGAACGAUACAGUGUCUAUAGAAAUUCGCGCGAACGAACAAAAAAAAAGACUUGCAGCCUCACAUACGGU